AGUUUCUGUCCAUCUGUGCGGCGCGUUUGUUUCUGGUGGAGUUGAGCGAUUCGCUCUGAGGUCAAAACUACUGGCAACAUCCAGGUACUGCCCAACACCAACGUUAUUUUGGCCCUAUGGCUGCAAAUAUGACCCCGCAAGGCUGCGGCCCCAACCUGGACUCCCUCUAUUACAACUUGUGCAACCUCAGUGCUGCUUGGGGCGUCGUGUUAGAGGCCUUAGCGGCAGCUGGCAUCAUCUUCUCUUUUGUGCUCUUUAUCUCCAUUCUGGCCAGCCUGCCGUUCAUCAACAACCCAAACCAUAAAACCUCUGUAGCGCUUAAUGCCAGCUUCCUGUUCUGCACAGCUGGACUCUUCUGCCUGACGUUCGCCUUCAUUGUGGGGAAAGACUUCUCCACAUGUGCCUCGCGGAGAUUUCUCUUUGGGGUGCUGUUUGGUGGGUGCUUUGCCUGUCUCCUGAUGCAGUGUGUCAGGCUGAAUAUCCUGGCCAGAAGAAACGCCGGGCCCCGGGCCUGGGUCCUCUGGCUGGGAGCACUAGGGUUGUGGCUGGUGGAGGUCAUCAUCAACACGGAAUGGCUCAUUAUCACAGUCGUUCGCAACCCACAACCUACUCUAAAUGCCACAACUGAACCCAUCAGAGCCACAGCAACGCCUUGCAACAUUGCCAACCAGGACUUUGUCAUGGCCCUAAUCUACGUGAUGGCCCUCAUCCUGGCUGUGGUUGUGGCAAGUCUGCCCAUCAUGGCAGGCAAAUACGCAGAGUGGAAAAAGGAAGGUGCUCUCAUUCAAGUGAUAAGCUUGAUCUCUGUGGGCAUUUGGGUGGCCUGGAUUGUCAUGUACGUGUAUGGGAAUGAGCGAAUUGGAGGCCCGACAUGGGAUGACCCGACCCUGGCCAUUGCUUUGGUGGCAAAUGCCUGGGUGUUCAUCAUUUUCUACACCAUUCCUCAGAUUUGCUGUUUAAACAGCGAUGACGAGACCGAGGAAGAGUACACAGAGAAUGCAUACGCGAACCGGGGAGUCGGAUACGAGACGAUCCUGAAGGAACACAACUCUCAGAACAUGUUCAUGGAAAAUAAGGCUUUCUCAAUGGAUGAGCCAGGCCAAGGAAACAAGCCUGUGUCUCCAUACAGUAAUUACACUGGUCAAAUGCGUGCUUCAGUGUACCAACCUACUGAGCUGGCUCUCAUCACCAAAACGGUUGGAAAUCAACAACGGGAGCAUUCUUUUGACAUGGUCAUCCCCAGAGCCUCCAUGGGCUCAGCAGCCAACAGUGGGAGCAGCACCCCCUCAACACACACCGAGCCUGGGAACAUUGCACGCUCACACACAAGCGGUCAAGGUUUGCAUAAGACACCCCAAUGGUGAUCAUGCCAUGGCUGUAACCCUGCUAAAACUUCGGUUCAUGUCUUCUCAUUUGCACUGGCUGUAUGUUUGCUGUUAUUCAUGGUUCUCUUAGCUGGCUCUAAGAGGAACCCCAUGGGCCCAACACAUGGAGGUGAUCACCGCACUGAUGGAGGUCAGAUAAACCCUCUAUUGACUGAUUUUCUGCAUGCCGGACCACCGGCUAUCAGACAGUAAAUUGCUUAAUUCAGAAGAUAAAUCCCAGGGAUGAAGCUUUGCUCUAGAACAAAGACUUUCUGCAACAGAUACCAUUUGCUGCCAAUGAACUUUCACCUCUCAGCUGCAACCACACAGAUGCACAAAGAUCGUGUUGAAGGUGCAUGAAUUUUUGGGACAUAAUAUACUCUAUAUUUACACUUCUCUUAAUCAUUCAAUCAUUUUUUGACUGAAAAUUAAGAAACCAGAUGAAAUUGAUUGUCAUUGAUGGCUGUGGACAUUUAGGUGUGAUUAAAGUAGUAAUUACUGAUGCAAUUAGUUAUGUUUUCACAAAUAAAACUGAGCUUCUGGUAUUGAAUUAUUGUAAAUACAGUAUGUUUGUGUCUGUGUCAUUAGUUAUGUACUGCAUGGAAGUAUUGUUUGAGUGUUUGUAUUUUAAAUCUAUUCAAAGUGCUGUUGUGUGUUUAAUCAUUGAAAUAUGUGUACCAAUCAAGCAAUGGUGAUAUUUAACAACCUAUUAUUUUCCUCUUUCUGUGGUCUGUUGUUGCUUCAAAGUAACUGUUCACUACAGAAUCCUGUCAAGGAUUUUCUGUGAUGUCUGAAAAUAAUGCAGACAGUUUAUCUUAAAUGUUCUCAUUCAGUAUGUCUGCAUUUUGAACUAACUACCAAAGCACCUGCAUGCUGGAAGGAAGGAAAUAAGUUAUUUUAAAAUGUUCGGUACUUACAUUAGAAGAAUUACAUACAUUCAGGUGAAAAAAUAGAAAAACAAUAAAUACUGUUGUCGAAUCUUACCCUUAAUUUAACUCUCGAAAAUAAAGUCAUUUAAUUGCACUUAAACAAAAGAAAUGUACCGUUUUAUACUUGAGGAAAAGUUAGGACAGACUACCCCCCUAAUAGCUAUUUGUACCCUCUUUGGUCUAAUACCUUCAGUGAAAUACUUCCUGUUACCUACCAGUCUCUGAUAUCAGUUUGAGGACAAUUGGCUCACUCCUCACUCUCAGCUGUGAGAUGUUUGAGGGGUUUCUUGCAUUUGGGGACAAUUUCUAGUUACUCCACAGGAUCUCCAUGAGAUUGAAAUCUGGACCUUAACCUGCAGGACUCUCCAGUCAGUCAAUUCGUGGUGGAUUUCCUUAUAUAUUUUGGGUCAUUGUCUUCAGCUUUAAUGUUUUUACAGAUGGUCUUACAUUUUCAUCAAGCAGACUCUUAUACAUGGUAGAAUUCAUGAUGGUUUCUAUGAUGGUGAGCUGGCCAGGUUAUGCUGCAGCAAAGUUUCCCCAAACCAUGACUUCCAGUUGUAUGUUUCUCAGAUUAUAUUAGGUUAUUUUCCUGGAAUGCUGUAUUUUGGUUUAAACAAAACAUGUCCCCUGUUCAGCUGUCCAAAUAAUUACAUUUUAGACUCAUUGGUCCAAAAGAACAUUAUUCCAGAAGUCAUGUUUGUUUUUUUGUUCUCUGCUAUACUUUAGUUUGGCCUUCAUGUUUUCUUUAGAGAGCAAAGCUUUGUCCCUUGAACAUUUCAAAUGAAAGCUAAACUUAUACUUCCUCUUUCUGAUUGUACAGCCAUGCAGUUUCAUGUGAACAGUACAAGAGCCCGCUGUGGGUCCAUUGUUGACAUUUUAAGGUGUUUGGAGACUUCUUUUUGCCAUCGGCUUUCAGGAUGACUUUGCUGAUGGCCAGACCUGUGCAUGAUGGCAGUUGUUUUAAUUAUCUUUCAUCUGUAGACUACUUUGAGUACUUAGGCUGAUUUCAAACUCAUUUCACUUUAAAUAUCUUACUAGACUUAUAAACUGCCACGGUCUUCUAUCUGAUGGCCUCAGACAGUUCUUUCAAUCUUGCCAUGGUAUUCACUCUCACUUUAACAGUUAGGAGCACAAAACGUAUUGUCUGAGGCUUAAACAGAGUAAACGUCCUUCAAAAUGCAUAGUUACAAAGUUGAAAUGAUACGCCUGUAUGUCAUUUUAGUAGGUCUGCACGAAAUCAGAAAAAGCCAUAAUUGCAAUGUUAUGGCUAAAAAUUGUAAUAAUGAUAUUUAUACAAUUAACCCAUAUUUACUGACUCUUUUCUUUCUUUACCAUUACAUAAUGUCUUCAGUGUCCUUUGUGAGCUUUUGAUAUAUAGUUUCCUACCAAAUAAUGUGACACUGGCAUGACGAUUGUGAUUCGUUAUAUCGUAUUUUUUUAGUGUGUUGUGCUCUAAGGAAACAACCAGCCAACUUGAUUUGAAAACGCCAGGAGAAGAUUUACUUAAAACAGCUGAAUAACUAAACAUAAAGAGUUUUGAAAAAACAAAAAUCUGUAUUUUUUACAUUUUUGCAAUAAUUGCCUGUGCUCGGUUGGUUUAAUUAUUUUUCCAGUUUAGCAAUAGUAUUUAAAAUGGGAAAUGUAGUAAAAACACUUGUAUUGUCUGACUGAAGCUAAAAGAAACCCCAAAACUUUGAUUUACUCGAUUUAAUUCCUUCAUUGUUAACAGAAACCAGAUGACAGCCACAGCUUGCUAAUUUACAAUAAUAGAAAAAAUAACCUGUGUUUGUAUGCGUUCGGGUAAUCUGUCUGGGAGUGUAAAAAACUACAACAUGAAUAAAAUGUAUCCAAAGCAUCUACAAAAAAAGAUAGAAAUAGAAGUUGA